AUGACGACUUACCAAGUUGACCAGGAGCAAUUGAAAUCGUUGAAAGGCAAGACUAUUCUGAUAACAGGAUGUGCUUCUGGAAUUGGACGAGCAACAGCUGAGUUGGCGCACCGCAAUGGUGCGAACCUGAUCCUGGCCGAUUGGAGUGAAGCCCCGUUGAGGGAUCUUGCGGAAAAGCUAAAUCACAACUCCAAUGUCAUCUUCCAGAAAACGAAUGUUGCACACUGGGACGAUUUGAUUCGGGUCUACCAACUUGGGUGGGAGAAGUUUGGAGCGAUUGAUGCUGUUAUAUCCAAUGCGGGGGUCAACUCUGGCGAAGUCCACCUUCAACACGAAAUCGAUCCUAUGACAAAUUUGUUACGAGCUCCACCGCUGGAUACUCUGGAAAUCAAUCUGAUAGCUCACAUUUACAUGACCAAAUGUGCAGCUUAUUACUUCGGAAAGCAGGCAGGAAAGAAGUGCCAGAUCGUCCUCACAUCUUCCGCGGCAGCGUUCCUUGAUACACCGCCUCUCUAUUUGUAUUCGACUGCCAAAGCCGGUGUGUUGGGCCUAAUGCGCUCCCUGCGAACAGACUUGCCAAAAUCCAACAUCACCAUCAAUACUGUUGCUCCGUGGUUCACAGCCACCCCAAUGGUUCCCAAGGCGCUCACUGAUCUGUGGGAGAACCUGCCGGCCAACACCCCAGCUGGGAUCGCGAUUGCGCUGCUACUACCAAUCAUCCAACCUGAAAUCAAUGGCAAAACUUUUUUUGUUGCCGGCAACGAGAUUGUGGAGCUCGAAGACUCUCUGGCUAAGAGUCAACCUCAAUGGAUGGGCGAAGAGCUCAGCAGAAAUGUCGACGAGGGCCAGAGGCGGCUUCUGAACGCAGAUCCUUUCGAAUAA